CACAAAACAUCCGUCUGACUUGACGUAACCUCACUUUAUUUAUUAUUAAAUUUGAAAUUGCUUUGGAUAUCAUAAAUACCUUAUUUAUGUUUGGCAAUUAAAUUAAAGCAGAAUACAAAUGUACUUAUGUAUGGAACAUCUGAUCUGUUGAACACUUUCCAAUAGAAUAAUAAUGGAAGUUUUACAAUUUCAAGACCCGAAACCGGUUCCGGAUCUUAUUCAUUGCCAUGGUGUUGACCAACACAAUGCAGCAAUUAUAAUAGACAAUGGUUCGUAUCAAUGUAGAGUUGGGUGGCUCAACCAGAAGGAACCUUUGCUAACAUUUCGGAAUGUGAUAGCCAAGCCGAGGAAAGAGAGAUCAAAAAAGGAUAUUCCAGAAAGUUCUGUUAUGCCUCAGCUUCAAGUAGGAAACGAUAUUACUAACAUAGAAGCGGUACGUUUUCAAUUGAAGACGCAGUUUGAUAAGAAUGUGGUCACUCACUUUGAAGCUCAAGAACAUUUGUUCGAUUAUACAUUUACACACUUAGGAAUUGACACAGAGAAGUGUGUUACACAUCCUGUGGUAAUCACCGAACCGUUUUUGAAUCCCAAUUCAUCUAGGCAGCUAAUGUCCGAAUUACUGUUUGAAUGUUACGGUGUACCCAGUGUCGCAUACGGAAUUGACGGGGUCUAUUCGUAUCAUUUUGCGCAACCGAAAUCGGAGGACAAUGGAUUAAUUAUAAGUUUAGGAUAUCACACGAUUCAUGUGAUACCGGUUCUGAAUAACAAGACAAGUUUCGUAAAUACAAGACGAAUUAAUACGGGCGGUUCCCAUAUUAUUUCAUUUUUGCAUCGAAUUUUGCAACUUAAGUAUCCCGCUCAUGCUAACGCAAUUACUUUGAGUCGUGCUGAGGAACUGCUUCAUACAAUUUGCGCCGUCGCUGUCGAUUACAAGGAAGAGUUAAAUAGAUGGACAGCUCCCGAUUAUUAUGAACAAAACAUUAAACGAAUUCAAUUACCAUAUUCCACGGUGACGGUAACAACACUAACAGUUGAGCAGCAGAAAGAGAGGAAGCGAGAACUGGCUAAGAGGCUGGCAGAAAUUAACGCUAGAAAACGGGAGGAGCGUCUCGCCGAAGAUGAGGAGAAGUUAAACAAUCUAAUCGCAAUUCAGGAAAUGUUGGAAAUCGACGAAGAUAGUGACGAGAUCGAUCAGCUACUUGUGGAUAAUCAAAUUAGAAAUGUGGAGGAUUUACAUAAAAAUAUCACAGCCUUGAAUGUUAAAAUUGAAAAGACAAAAGAGAAGAUAGCGACCGCUUCAAAUGAGGAUAUAGUUGUAGACGAUAUACCUAUUAAGCAAAGCAAGCCCAAUAAAAUGGUGUUUGAAAAUGAAAAGGCGAUGCAUAUCUACAUACAGAAUGCAAAGAAAAUGCGUCAAGAAAUACUAAAUAAAAAGACUGCUCGAAAACAGAGACGUCAAGACAUGGCAAAACGUCGAACGGCGGCAGGCCAAGAGCGGAUGCGAAUUAUUUCACAGUUGGCGCGAAAAGAGAAAGGGAACGAUGACUUUGGCUUGCGAGACGAAGAUUGGGACAUAUAUAAAACGAUCAGCAGAGAAGGUGGAGAUUCUGAUAGUGACACAGAAAAUGAGAAGUUGCUAGAACUGGAAGAACUAAUUAGGACACACGAGCCCUCCGAAAUAGACGAUACUUUAAAACCCGGCGAAUCUCACCAACUACACAUUGGUAUUGAGAGGUAUCGGGCGCCCGAGUUAAUUUUUAAACCUUACAUGAUGGGAUCACCCGAAGCUGGUUUGAUAGAAGUUAUAGGAUAUGUCUUGUCCUUGUUUAGCCCCGAGGAGCAGUUAUUACUCGCGGGUAAUGUUGUUCUAACAGGCGGUUUAGCUAAUUUGCCUGGAUUGAAAGAAAGAAUAGAAACUGAUUUGGUAUCAAUUAGACCAUUUAGGUCAUACUCGAAAGUAAGCGUAAUAGCGAGUCCCAGUUUGGCUGCUUGGUAUGGCACUAGAAAGUGGGCUCGGAGUUCGGAAUUUAAACGAAGUUUAGUGACCCGAGCUCAAUACAACGAGUAUGGCAGUGAGUAUUUUAAGGUUCACAUUGCAUCAAAUAUGUAUGUACCAACACCUAAGGGGCAUGCUAUGGAUGUUUGUGAUUAAUCAUCUUAAGUAAACAAUUGGAGUAAUGUGGAAUAUUUAUUUGCCUAGAAUGACAGAAACGUACUAGUUCUUUCCUGCAGUCUAGAUCUAAUUUUGACCAUAAUAAACAGAAUACCUACAGUUUGCAAAUGUU